AUGGACUGCUUCUCCCAACCCAGCAAACCCAACACUCGCAUCCCCCCUAUCCUCAUGGCCCGCCAGACUCAGGCCCUCGAGCAAACCACCACAAAAGCCAAUGUCGCCGCCCAAGACCAAUUCUCCCGCCUCGCCGCCCUCUCUAAACAGAGACUCUACCGCGAGGGCGCAACCGGCGACCCGGAUCUCCGCCGAUGCAUUGGCCACCACCAGCUCCUCUGCCGGACCAUCAUGGAGGCAAAGGACCAUAUGAAGCGGUAUCUCGAGGACGUGCUCGAGAGCGAGAGCGACAGUGAUAGCGAUAGCGAGGACGAGGACGAGAUUCUGUACGAGAAGGGGCCAGUCUAUACCGAGUACCCCCAGACGGACGAAGACGAGGGUGUAGAGGGUCUUCUAUUUCCUCCAAAGAAACAACCACAGCAACCACCACAGCAACUACAACAACCGCCCACAGGUACUACCACGACUACUACCACUACAACAAUCACAAGUAACAAUGACUCCUCGCCCUCCCCCCGCGUGAAACAGAAGAUCUUCGGCGUGGUCAAAGGCCUCGUCCGUCGGCGGAGUACCCCCCGGAAUGCAUCUCCAUCAUUUACAGCACCAGCACUAGAAGAAAAGACGACGCCCCUCGUCCACAUCGCGGAAAAGAACUUCAGCUGCAGCCAACUGCCCGUGCGGAUCCAUAUCCAUGAGGACGUCGUCCGCGACGGCAUCAAGAGUCUGAAGCGCAGCCAUAGCCAGGACACGCUGUCGACCAAGUCGGCCUCGUUUGGGAUGCGGGGGAGGCAGUAUGCGCAGAGACUGGGGAUUAAGGUCCCAGCAGCAGUGUCUGUUGCGACAUGA